AUGGCAUCUUAUAUGCGAAAAAAUGGCCGAACACCAUACUACAUAAAAAAAUCAGUUCAAUCAGUACUCUCUCAAUCGUACCCUAAUUGGGAACUGUUCGUCACUGGGGACAAGUACGAAAACGAAACAGAAUUUCGCUCACUUUUCUCGCGUAUACCACCAUCAAGAUUAUUUCUCCACAAUCUACCAGAACAUGGAGAACGAGGUAAACUAACUGGCUUUCAAUUAUGGCAAAGUGGUGGUGUUUCAGCUAUGAACAAUGCAUUACAGCGAGCUAAUCAACAUCAUAAUAUUUGUAGAACAAAUUGCAACAUAUAUUUUGCUAAUCUCGAUGAUGAUGAUACUUGGUCUCCAGACCAUCUAAGUGAGCAUCUAUCGAUCUUCACGCGCUUUCCAUCAGUUGUUUUUAUAUGGUCUAAAGGAUACUAUUGUGGUGCCGGCGGCAACCCAUUUCCACCUAGAUUAGUCCCACAAGACAGAGUCAACAAUUGGCCGGAAGGUUUUGGUGGUAGCAUAUUACAUUCUUCUUGGUCAUGGAAAAUGGAAAUUUUUCGAGGUUUCCGAUAUCGUGCACAAUGGGAUUAUCCAGCAAAUUAUAACGGACCAAGAGAAGCGGACGCUGAUUUGUUUGAAGUAAAACUAAAUAUGGUCGAUGUUCUCGAUUCACUUGUGGGUAUUAGUAAACGGCUCGAUCAAUUACUACUUGAUCCACUUUAUAUUCGUAAUCUUGAUAUGAUCCCUAUAACGAUGAAAUCAUUUGAUGAUCGUAUCUACUCACUAGACAAUGAAGUUCUUUUGAGAAUUUGUAAAAAUAUUUUACCACGAUUUCAUCAUCAUUUUAAAUGA